UGAAGGGGAGGAAAAAAACGACUGGGAGUUACCUCAGCACUUUCCGAGACAUGCGAACGGGCUAUUUUCCACUCGGUCCCCUUUUCUAUUAAAGAAGAAAAUCACGAAAUUCGCCGGGGACACAAACACCGGCAGGACCAGCGGCCCGUUCGGAGAGCUCGUGCAGAAUACAGACGAUCUUUCAGCUCGCAGAUCUCAGCCUGCGGUGCACGCUCACUGUCGCUCCCCACGUGCGCGUGCGCGCGUGUGUUUACAAGUGUUUGAACCAGAGCCAGAAACGAGGGAAGAAGGAGGAUAAAGCCAAGGAAGGAGGGAUGGUGGACAAUUCAAGCAGUAGUAAGGCACAAAUGCCCAGCAUGUCUCAGGAGCCCGGUGUGGCCUUUCCUCAGAGCACCUCUACGGGUGGAAUGAAGCUGGAGGCAGUGAUGGAACAGCUCCAGCGCCAGCAGCAGGCCCGACUGGAAAUGGAGCGCAAAGAGAGGAAGCUACGAGAGGCCCACAUCAUGUAUGCUCAGCAGGUUGCUGCCCAGCAGGCCAUUCUAGCAGCUGCCCGGGCUUCGGGGGCCAGCUUCUUGGGCAAAGGCCUGGCUGGAGGCAUCCCUGGUGGAGGGUUACCUCCCCGGGUGUCCAAUCAAAGCAGUGUAGACUCAGAAAGAGAGGAUGACGAGGACAGAGGCCGGGAUUCUGGGGAUGAUGACGACGACAAUGAGAUGAUGGACGGGGACGAAGGCAGCGAUGAGGAUGAAGGAAGUGCUAGUGGUCUGGAAUUCCUCCGCAAGCAGACCCUUGCUUUGCAACAGAAUGCUUCCCGCAUCCCAGCCCGUCCAUUUGGCAGUUACUCUGCAUCGGCCCCCCAAAGGGCUGCAUCACCACCUAUUAGAGUGAAGCAGGAACCUGACGAGGGUCUGUCUCCUGCAGGGCCUAACUCUGCUACCUCUCCUAACGGACAGGCCGACUGGGGCUUUGAUGAUCACUUUAGACAGAAUGGCAGUGCCGGAUGGGCAGAUGAGGCUGACAGUAGCAGAGGAAGAGGAGAGGCCUCCAGAGACUUUGCUAAGCUGUAUGAGCUGACAAUGACCCCAAAAGGAAGGAGUUUUUGGAUGGAUCUCUUUACCUUCAUGCAGAAAAGAGGAACCCCAGUCAAUCGUAUUCCCAUCAUGGCCAAGCAGGUCCUGGAUCUGUACAUGUUGUACAAGCUAGUGACAGAGAAGGGAGGCCUUGUGGAGGUAAUCAACAAGAAGAUCUGGAGAGAAAUCACAAAGGGACUCAACCUGCCUACCUCUAUCACCAGUGCAGCUUUUACUCUGCGUACUCAGUACAUGAAAUACCUGUACCCGUAUGAGUGCGAGAGGAAAGGUCUGAGUUCCCCAGGUGAGCUUCAGGCUGCCAUUGACAGUAACAGACGUGAGGGUCGUCGCCCAAGCUACAGCAGCAGCCUCUUCCGCUUCUCCCCCUCUCCCAGCACAGCCCCCCACAUCCUGUCACCUCCCAAGAUGCACCUUUCAGGUCUGGGCGUAGGGACCUCAGCAGCCCUUAAUGGCCUGCAGGCCUCACCAGGACCCUCUUUGAAGAAAGAUGACCUGACUCCAACAAUCAUGGCAGCGAGACCCUCCAUGGCGCUGGCCCUGGGUCAGCAGCAGGUUGCUGGUUUGGCAAGAGCUGCCACUCUGGAGCAGCUCAGAGAAAAGCUGGAGACUGGAGGUGGAGAGGGACCAGAGAGGAAGAUGGCCCGCCUGGCAGAAGAGCAGCAGCGCCUGAUGCAACAGGCUUUCCAACAUAACCUGCUGGCCAUGGCUUCCCAAAUGCCCAUGAACCUGCGCCUGGGAGCCCCCACCAUCACCACCAGGGAUGAGAAGCCGCAGGACAUGUCUCUGAGUAUCUCAACCAAUGGAAAUGCCAGCAUCGCUGUUUCAGUGGAGGUUAAUGGCACAAUCUACUCAGGAACCUUGUUUGCCCAGAAGUCUAGUGGGGUCCCGGGGCCUGCAGUGUCGGCUGCUGCUGCUUCAGCCUCCCCUGCUGGAACCAGCACUAGCUUUGGCUUCUCCGCACCCCAGGCUCAGACCCUCAGCCCCACGUCCUCCUCCUCCUCCAAGGGUCCUUGCUCGGCUGAGCCAACCCCCAGUGGGUCACCCUAACUGCGGCUGCCCUUUGUACCUGCUUCCCAGGCCUCAAUUCCUCCAAGAGGCCAGCAUGAAAAUACAGUACAAUGAGAAACCGAAAAGAAUAAGAAACUGUUGCACAACAAUUACCUCAUCAACCCUGUCAACCUCUUGGCUGUCCAAUCCUGAACACAGAGCCUGAGAAUAUUCAAUGACAUGUGUCCAAACGCACUGCUAUGCAUUUAAUCUUAAGCGAAAACACACACAUACAGACAUACAUGCACACAUACACACACAGACAGCCUACACACAUCCACACUUGUUAAUCCUAAUAUACACGCUAAACACAAUCAGCUCAGCCAAAACCCACUGACAGGUGUAGUCACAACUGAACUUGAAAAGUUUUAUCUUAGGACAUUUUGUUUGUUUGUUGCCAUUUUGUUGUCCUUUUGAUUUUGUGUUGAUGAUUUUGUUUUUAGUUUUUCUCUUUUUACAUACCUCAAAUCUAGUAACCUGCAGUGGUGUCUUUACCUCAGGAGCUGCAGUAUAUUUAACCUGAAUCAACUUUAUUUUUGUAUUCUUUUUGACCUAGUUGCAAUCAGGGGAAGUCGGGUAACUCUCACCAAUGGAACCUCAUGUACAGAGCACCCAGCUCACAGUGACAGGCCUCCAACCGGGUCCACUCAGGUUUCUAUACCACACUGUAGCCUCAUGCUGAAUUCAAACUAGUGAAUGAUCAGAUGCUGUAGAUCAGCGCAUUAAAUACCUCAUUUCAUUACUGCCCUCAGCUGAGAUCAUGUGAAGUUCACAAGACAGGUUGGAGUACAAAUCUAAAAUUCAACCCCUCCUAGGUCCGAACAAGCUGUCUUUAAAGAAUUAACGCACAAAGCUGGGGGAAAAGCAACUCUCAUCGACCCACAACGAGCCUAGUAGACCCCGAGCUCAUGUCUCCUCCUAGAGAGGUCAUACUGAGGCAUUCCUUGCCCCUGCUACAGAAUCAGAUAUGAGUUUAUUGUUCCCCGUUUUGUUCGUGCAUCCUUUCCCCAGCUACAGCCACAUGGCUAAAAGUCGAAGGGAAGGCGUCAUCAUCAGUGCAUAGUUCUCACACCUCAUACUGGCCUCUCUGCUCUGGAGGGUGUCUUUCUCAGGAAGCAAUGUGACAACUGCAAGGAAUCACUGUUAAUUUCAAGAGAAACAGAAAAGGAUUCAUACCUGAAGAAUGCACAAGCCUACAUGACUGUUUCACGAAUACCUCAUCAGACUCUCUUGAGAAGGGGAGCGACACUACAUACCUCAUACGGCUGCAAAGCCAUCGAGACUUGAUGCCCCAAAUCCUACCUGAACUGAAACUGACACAGACAUGCUGACACUGCUGGUGGUUUUUGGGGACAAAGAACUGGGACGGGCUUGCUAUCUCUUUCUCCUGUAUUUACUUGUAGAACCUGUUUAAUGCUUGCUACUUCUUGAAUUUUUUGGGUUUUUUUUUUGGUUUCUCAAGUUCUUGUCUGAGAAGAGUGAUAUAUCUGCAUUUUUUCAGGGAAGAGGAGCAGAAGUUUGUUCCUCACUGACAGAUUUUUAGGAUUGUUAAAAGGUUUCAAGGUCACAGCGGUCAAAAAACAUGAAAACAAGCCUGUCAACCUUAAAUUUGACUGCAGACACCUAAAUCUCAGUCAUGACGGUGGCAAAAUGAUAUGCAUGUGUACAAUCAUGUGACCAGUGUUUUAACACCUUAAUCCUCUGGUUAUUGCACAGCUAGAUACCAAAGACUAGCCCAGUCGGUGAAUGAUCCCAUGUACAAUCCUGCUCACGCCUGCUGUGGUGCAUAGCGAGGCAGGUUGAUGUCUCUUUUAGACUGCAAAAAAUGUUGCAUCUUACUUCUUUCAAUCUGGUUUUAGUGCGUCUUGAAACAAGUAAAAAAUCCCUUUAGGUGAGAUGUAGUAAAUCCAUUUUUUCAACAUUUUAGGGCAUGACUUGCUUUUUGGAAAUUUCCAGUAAAAGUAAGUACUUUUAAAACUGGAUUUAAAGACUCAAAAUUUGAUUAAAGGACAUAUACAGAUGAGGUCAUCAAUAGCAGAUAUUCAACUCUUAUUAUUCAGAACAGAAGGUCGGAUACCAUGGGCUCCUGAGCUGGUUCCCUAAUUUAAUCUUGUACAGUCUAGGGCUAUUGUUGCUGCUUUUUAACACAGCACCCACUGUGGAUGCAGUCCUCAUCUAUCAGUGUGGACGGUGGCCUCCAUAAAAAGCCCUUUUUAUUAAAACAUCCAAUUCCUGAUUAUCCAGAGAGCUGGAUUAUUCUGUACCUCUUCUUGUAAAAAACUUUUCUCCUUUUUACAGUAACUUUAUAACAUUUUAAAACACCACACAAAGGAUUAAAACAAAUUUUCUAGCUUUAUCUGUGUUGAAUGUGAGGCAUUUUAACUGUUUAGAAACCUCUUUAAGCCCAAUGCGAUCUGAUGUGGGCAGCCUUGUUGCUUUUAUUAGAUUGUAUUUUAGCCAUUUAUGUGUCAGGUUUUGCAGACGUUUUGCAGUUCAGAUCACAGUUCAGGGUUUGAAGACUUCUGAGGACGGUGCUGUUGGUCUUUCAGUGUACUCUUUACAACCCUGUACGACACAUAACUGUAUUUUAUAAAAGUGAGAAUUAUAGAUGCUGCCUUAAAGUAGUUGCUGGUGAGAUCUGGUCAGUGCAGGUUUCACUACUCAGCUGGCUGGGAAAAGUCUGUCUCUUCAAGCUUAAUCCUUUGGAGAGUCAUCACUUAUUUUGGGGGGAAACAGUUUAAUCAGACAAGAGUUUUCAUUCAUGCUGUUGUGUUAACAACUGAGUUUUGAUAUUUAUUUGUGUUGGGGUUUUUUCCUGGUGGACCUUGUUUUUAGUAACAAUUAAGCUUAGUCUUUUAGGCUGUGUAACUAAAACAGUUUCUGUUUUCUAAGUCCAAGCUUUCUGCUUCAUCUGCUUAGUCUAAGCAAUGACUGCUUGAUAGUGUAGCUUCACUGCCUUUGUGUGGUUGUGUUUGUGUGUGUGCAAGCAGAUAUAUUAUAUAUUCAGUAUAUGCAGUGACAACACUUGUAAUGACAUUAUAGAUACUACAGGAGGCGCCACAGUUGCAUCUAUUUUAUUGAAACUGCCCAGUACAGCCACGGUCCUCCUCUGCUGUUUGUUGGUAGGAUUUCUCCUCAGUGUCAGCCUUUCAAAGCUUCAAUCCUCCGGUCACUUAGCUAACUUCCAGGCUCCUGUCGCCUGGCCUGCUGUGUGGAUGAGUGUGUAUUGUGCCAUGCCUGUAAACCCACAUCUGUGUGUGUGAAUCAGUGUGUGUGUCCUCUGUUAGAAACCCCCCCACCUCAUCACACCACAGUACCUCAGGGCAGUGGGCUGCACUCGCUGUUGUUUGAUGUUAAAGCUGCAUUGAGAGACGAGUUCUGACAGAAGCUGUGGUCACUUCGCUGAAUGCUACUUUGGGUUUGGUUGCUUUUUUGUGUGUCUGCAGGCAAGGUCUCGUCACUCAGGAAGCUGUGAAGUUGGAAGUCUACGGAACCUUUUGUCUCUCCGAUGAUUGUGGAGUUGAUUCUGUUUUAAAUUGUUUAAAAACUAACCUGAUCUGUGUAAAAACAGGUGCAUAUGCAAGUGGUUAUCGAAUACCUCAUUUAUCAAUUUUAUGUUGUUGUUUUGGCUUGUACAAUGCUCCGUAUAUUAAUUCAAUUGUGGGGUUUGUGCAUAUUUUUGUACUGUUAUUAUUAUGGACAUGAUAAUAAUGAUAUUACUGAUAUUAUUAUAGUUUUCUCUUUGAUUAAAGCAAACAAAAAAAUGGGACAAAACACAUGAAUGCUUGUAAAAACUGGUUUGUGCUGAUUGUAUUUAAGAGGAGCACUUUUCCAAAGUGGUUUUCACACAUUCAGUUUUGUUCAUAUUAGUUAAUAUAAAGAUAUGGUUCUCAGGGCUUUAAACUUGUAUGUCAUGAUAAAGUUUUACUUUAUAUCUUA